AUGGCUGAAGCGCACACUCCGUAUUCUUCCUUGAAGAAACUGUUAUUUUUCCUCAAUGGACUCAUGGCUAUGUCCGGCGGGCUUCUCGUUGGCCUGAGUGCCUGGGUCAAGUGCGGAGGGUCCCUCCUGACAAGGGUUUUUGGGUUGUCCUCUGUCUACCUUCUUCACAUCAGCUACCUGUGUUUGGUGAUGGGGUGCAUCGUCAUGCUGCUUGGCUUUGCGGGGUGGUACGGAGCUACGAAAGAAAGCAGAAGCGUUCUCUUUAUUUGUUUCCUGCUCCUGGUUAUCAUUCUCCUUGUGGAAAUCGUGGUGGCCACGGGAAUCUUCGUCUUCUUCCCGAUUGUUGAAGACAUGGCCCGCGAGCACAUCUUGGCGACACUGAGGAAGAAUUACAGAGGUUACAACGAGCCGGGUGAUUUUUCCACGGAGUGGAAUUUGGUCAUGGAAAAGCUGAGGUGCUGUGGAGUGAAUAACUACACAGAUUUUUCUGGUUCUGCCUUCCAAACGACAACCGGUCACUCCUACCCCAGGAGCUGCUGUAAAUCUGUCGGGACCACAGCCUGUGAUGGCCUCAAUGUCUCCAGUGAAAUCAUCCAUCAGGAGGGCUGUUUCCCCAAGCUCCUGAAAAUCAGCAAGAUCCAGAGCUUCGCCCUGAGUGGGGGCUCGCUGGGAGCAGCGGUGAUGCAGCUGCCAGGAAUUCUCGCCACCCUACUGCUGUUCGCCAAGCUGGCCUGAUGGCCAUCCCGGCUGCUGUGGAACCUGCUCUCCUUUUGAUUUCUCUGUGCCAUCACUGCUCUCGGGGGAGAGGCUGACAAUUAAAG